UGAAAUGUGAAAUAUUGUGGAAAAGUUUUUAACAGCCAUUAACGAACCAGUCCCGGAGGCGCAAGCUUUCAUCUUUUGCAGAAUACUCCAAUUGCUGCGUGGACUCUACGAAAGUUCAAUCAAUAGCUUAAUUACUUGGAUCGAUUAUUUUACAGACCUUGAUCGCCAUGGGUUGCUCCUCCUCUCUCCCAGACGGGACUUCUGGGCGAUCGGGUGGGCUUAAUCCAGAGAACAGUGCAGAUGAUUCCAAGAAUUUACGCGUCAAGCUUGUCCUGCUGGGUGAUUCUGGUGUUGGUAAAAGCUGUAUUGUUCUUCGCUUUGUCCGUGGUCAGUUUGACCCAACAUCUAAGGUAACUGUUGGAGCAUCAUUCUUGUCACAAACAAUAGCUUUGCAAGAUUCCACAACAGUGAAGUUUGAAAUAUGGGACACCGCUGGGCAAGAGAGGUAUGCUGCAUUAGCUCCACUUUACUAUCGAGGUGCUGCAGUUGCAGUUAUUGUAUAUGAUAUAACAAGCCAAGAUUCCUUCGCUAAAGCACAAUAUUGGGUUAAGGAGCUACAAAAGCAUGGCAGCCCUGAUAUUAUUUUGGCAUUGGUCGGUAACAAAGCUGAUCUUCAAGAGAAAAGGAAAGUGUCUGUUGAGGAUGGCACUGAGUAUGCAGAGAAGAAUGGAAUGUUCUUUAUUGAAACUUCUGCAAAGACUGCAGAUAAUAUAAACGAGCUGUUUGAGGAAAUUGCGAAGCGAUUGCCACGACCAACUUCCUCAUGAUUGAAAACCGCUGUGACAUUAAUUAUUUAAUCAGCUCAGCAGCAUAUUUUACAGGAAAUCGCUUUGCUCCCAUGUGAUCUGUAUAGUGUGGUGAGUCCUGCAGUCUUUCGCUUUGUUAUUUGCUUUGACUUGUUGAUAUUCAAUCUAAAGUGUAACAAAUGGUGAAAGAUUCAUUCCCCUUUAAACCAUAAACUGCAUUUGUAGACUAUAUUUUCUCUGGAUUCUUAGAAAAAAAGGUAGAUUUUUUUUUUCUUUUUACAUGGGUUUCUGUUGGAGUGCAAACAUUUUACGGAUCAAAUAAAGCAUCAUGUAUUGCAAUUUGGUUCU